CACUGUGUUCUUAUAAUGACAUCUUUUGUGCUCUCUUUUGACAUCUUCUCUAAGCCAAAUACAUUCACUUUCUCUUUUUCUCUCUGCCAUUGAUCAAUCCUGGUGGUAUACUCAGUUCACCAGUGGCCAAGUAGGCCAUGGGAAGGGCUCCUUGCUGUGACAAAUCUAUCGUGAAAAAAGGGCCAUGGUCUCCUGAUGAAGAUGUCACCCUCAGAAACUACCUUGAGAAACAUGGCACUGCUGGAAAUUGGAUAGCUCUCCCCAAGAAAGCAGGGCUUAAACGUUGUGGAAAGAGCUGUCGUCUGAGAUGGCUGAACUAUCUCAGGCCUCAUAUAAAGCUUGGAGGUUUCACUGAAGAGGAAGACAAAAUUAUCUGCACCCUUUAUGGCAAUAUUGGAAGCAGGUGGUCCCUCAUAGCAGCUCAACUGCCCGGAAGAACAGACAAUGAUGUCAAAAAUCACUGGAACACCAAGCUAAAGAAAAAGUUUCUAGGAGGAAACACUGGUAGUAGUACUGUUGCCACAAGCUACAACAAUGGCACUGUCAGCGGUGCUACUUCUUCUGACCAAUUCUCAUCUUCUACUAUUCAACCUCAAGUUGAUGCCUUUGUCUUGAAUCAGAAACUGAACUCAGCUUGGUUUGACUCCUACAAUAAUCUGAAUCUGGAACAAACACCAAUUUCAGUUCCUCUUCCAAUGCCUCAGGAAUUAGUAUCGUUUAAUUAUAGUGCACCACCCUCUAAUGAAAUUUCAUUGCCAACUUUCAAUGCAGCUUCAUUAGCACAGCAGAAUGAAGAUAUACAAUGGUUUGGCUAUGAAUAUGCAGAGGAAAAUGAUCCAAAUUUACUUGCUUUUGUGCUUGAUGAUCUGCUGAUGAAUCAUGGGUCAGCAUCUUCUGAUCACAUUGCUUCGUCAUGUGUGGAUAACCAAGACUCGUUCUACUCAUCAAAAGCUUGAAAGAAAGAAAAAGGGAAAUUGUGGAAUGGAAUGAUAGUAGUGGUGACAAAUGAAAUAGCUCAAAUCUGGGCAAAGUAGUUGUUGUAUGUGGAAUUGUGUGAGCUUCUGAAGUGUUUUGAAUUGUGGUAGUAUUAGAAAUAUAUAGAUAUUAGUCAAAAGAUGUAGUGCAUGUCUUUUUCCAUGUUAGAAGAAUCUCACAAAUGGUAUGCUUUUUAUAGUAUAAAAUUUGUCCAAUAAGAGAGAGAGACUGAGUUCAAAAACAGUGAUCGCACGUGGUCACCAAAAUUUGUUGGUUUCUAAAGUGUUCAUGAAACUAGCGUUGGUC